ACCUCAGGAAAUCAACUCUACAUUACCUAAUGGUUUAGAAUCGUGAAUUUCAUUGGUUUAAAGCAAGAUUUGAGCCUCACGUGGGUACUAUACGGGAGGCGUGCACGAAACGGCGCAUUGCUAUUUUUGCUGUGCUCAAAUUGCAAAGAUGGCUCUAUCGGCGGACAAUGUUCUGGAUAUGCUACGGCUCAGAAAUCGUGAAUCUGACGACGAAGGUCUAUCUACUGACGAAGAGGAUGAUUUAAAUCACCUUUUGGCCGAUUCUGCUAGUGAUCCAAGUGAAUCCAGUGAUGGGGAAGAAGAUGGAGAAGAUGAAGUUGAUGUCAAUCAGGGGGGGGAUGGUGAAUUGGGGGAGAGUAGUGGGGAAAGGGCCCGAUCCCCAAUUAGGGAGCGAGGUGGCCCCACUUCUGUAACAUCUACCAACAGAGGAAGAGGUAGUAGGGGCAGGGGAAGAGUGGGCAGAGUCAUUUCUGAAAGUGGUAGGGCCAGGGGUGGAAGUGGUAGGGCCAGAGGUGGAAGAGGCAGAGUUGGAAGGGGUGAUAAUGAUGAGAUGUAUAAAUCGUAUGAUCACCCGGAUGUUGGGAAUAACAUCCCUGCCUUCAAGCCAAAACGUCCACCUGGAAUCCAUUUUGAGGGCCCUGUUUUGAGGGGAGGGAUGACAACUGCCUUACAUUUUUUUCGACUCUUUCUCACCACUGAUAUGAUCAAAUCAGUUGUUGCCCACACUAACAGCUAUGCUUACAUGAAAAUUUUAGCUGGGGGCCAUAAUUCAUAUCUCACUAGUGAAGGGAGCUGGGCAGCUACUACUGAGGCUGAGAUAAAUAAUCUGAUUGCUAUUUUAAUUUAUUUUGGUUUGGUUAGGGUAGACUCAGAUGUUGAAAAGUAUUGGAGCACAAAGACACUUUAUCAUGGUCUUUGGGCUAGGUCCAUACUUUCCCGUAUUCGAUAUAAAGCCCUAAUGGCUUUCUUGCAUGUGGUAGACCCUGCUAAUGAGACCCCAGGUGAUAAGCUUCGUAAGGUUGAUGAGUUCCUUGCAUCAUUCAAGAAACGAUGCAGUUUAUUAUACCAACCUCACCAAAAUAUAGCAGUUGAUGAACGAAUGGUAAAGUCGAAAGCAAUAUCAGGGAUUAGGCAAUACAUGAAAAACAAGCCUACAAAGUGGGGGAUCAAACUUUGGGUAUUGGCAGAUAGCUCUAAUGGGUAUACCAUCGACUUCAAUGUAUAUAUUGGCAAGUCUAAGCAUGAUGCACCAUCAAGUCAUGGCCUUGGAUAUGAUGUGGUGAUGAAGCUGGUAAACCCUUACUUAGGACAGGGCUAUCAUGUCUACUUUGAUAAUUUUUUUUCAUCACCCAAGUUAGUACAUGAUCUUUUUUUGCAGGCCACCCCAUCAUCAGGGACAUGUAGGAUAGACAGAGAGGGUUUUUCCAACUCAAUGAAGAAUGUAAAAGUGUGGGCAAGGAAGGAAAAGCGAGGGAGUAUGCGAUGGGAACGAGAGUCAAAUGUCCUAAUAUUACAAUGGAUUGACAACAAACCUGUUUCAUUAGUGACAUCAAUUGAUUCGGCGAAUGAGAAGGUAGUUGCGAAGAGAAGAAGGAAGAAAGAUGGUGUGUACUCUGAAGUUAGCGUAGACCAGCCCUAUGCCUUCUAUCGAUAUAAUCAGUAUAUGAAUGGGGUGGAUAGAUCAGAUCAGAUGCUGGCUUGUCACAACGUUUCACGUAAAUGUUAUAGAUGGUGGAAGACUUUGUUCUUCCACCUUAUUGAUAUUGCCGUUGUAAAUGGUUUUCUCCUUUUCCAACAACAUCGUAGAGAGAAUCCAGACAAUCCAGCUUUGAAUCGUCAUAACACAUACUCAAUUGUCAAUUUCAGAGAAGAAAUUAUAAGGGAGAUUUGUGGGUUGCCAGAGUAUGAUGUGCCUCCUGUGAAUGAAUUUGUUCCACCUGCCCCUCCUCCAGAUGAUCAGUUCUGUACUGUUCAUUUGAUACGUUUCACUCCAGACGUGAGACGUCAUUGUGUUGUGUGCUAUGCUGCUCGCCGUGGGAAGAAAAAAGUCACAACUUAUUGUUCUGCUCCCCAGUGCAAUCGGUACAUGCAUGCAUCUGGCGAGUUUGAAUGUUUUAGUGCAUGGCAUAGUAGGGAUUAUCCUCACAGAUCAUGAGUACUUCUAGUUUAGGUAAUUUAGAUGGAUAUUUUGUCCAAGAUCAAGUUUGUCAAACAAUGAAAUCUGUGUCAUAUUUCCCAUUGUGAUUGCAGAU